AUGAAAAGGAUGGUUUUCAACAUUUUCAAGCUCUGUAGAAAGUGUAUUAGAGCAAGAUUAUCGGAUGAUGGAAUUGAAGUGAGAAGUGGGGCGCUUGGUCUAAGGCAGCUUGGUGUUGCUGCUGCUCAUUGCAAGCUUGAUUCGUUUGUUGCAAACUACUUUAAAAUAAGCAUUGAUGGAGCUCGUGAGGAAGUGAUUGAUGCUGAUGUUGUACUUCGCUUUGUUGAAUUUCUCAUGAGGGAGGAUUAUCCACAACUUCAGUUUGAGGCUGCUUGGGCAUUGACGAACAUUGCUUCUGGGACUUCAGAGAAUACAAAGGUGGUCAUUGAACAUGGUGUUGUUCCGAUUUUUGUCAAACUAUUGGCUUCUCCUAGUGAUGAUGUCCGUGAGGAGGAAAUGGUUUUUUGCUAA